AUGUUUAAUAGUAAUUUGAAUUGGGAUGGUAUACCAACGAAAAUAAAACGAGCUAUUGAAACAAGUCUUGAACAUCUAGAUGAACAUAAAUUUACAAUAAAUGAUACAAAUAUUGAAGUUAUCGAUGAUUAUUGUUGGGAUUUAAUUACGUGCCAUUUAAAACAACUUCUUUACAUGAAUAUAGCACAUAAUAAAAUAAAAACUUUACCAUCGCAUAUCGCAAAUCUGAAAUUUUUACAAUCGCUUAAUUUAACGAAUAAUCAUCUUGAAAAAUUACCGCCAGCAAUAAUUUCACUUUCUCAUUUACGUAUACUCAAACUUGGCCAUAAUCAUCUUUGUUCAUUACCGCGUUCAUUCGGUUCACUUAAAUCUCUUGAAAUUCUUGAUCUAACCGGCAAUGAUUUAAAUGAGGAUAGUGUAACAAAUGACUUUUUUCAGCUAAGUAAUUUACGCGCGCUUUAUCUGGGCGACAAUUUAUUUGAAACAUUUCCCAAUGAUCAUAUUGAUAAACUACAAAGCCUAGAAAUCCUUGUCUUACGUCACAAUCGUCUACGUCAUAUACCUAAAGAAUUCGCUCGUUUACCUCAAAUUAAAGAAAUUCAUAUUCAGCAAAAUCAAAUAAAUGUUUUACCGCCGGCAUUUGGUAAGCUUGAUUUAGGUAAUGCCAAGUAUAUUUAUCGGUUUGAACCAAAUCCAUUCAUUCCCGAAUUGGCUCCGCAAAUGAGUAAUUUAACUCGAUUAGCAAAUUAUUUGCAAAGCGAUGGAUAUAGACAGAUUUAUCAAAAUUAUUUUUUAAAUUUUGAUGAUAAUGAAGCCAAAGAAACAAUCAAAAAGCCGUCAAAGAAGAAUAAACAUGUUGUAACAAAAAAGUGA